CAGUGAAAAAAUGGAGAAGACCUUUCCAUAUCGACGACUGGAAGUUGUCAGUCAGAUGCCUGCUGUCCCAGAUGUCAUGGAGAGAUGGCCUGCCCUUUUCUCUCAAUCUCAGGUGAAAGAGGAGUUCAAGAGGAUCACAACCAUUCAACUGGACCGAACCUUUUUGUCGAAGAUGGAUUUAUACACUCCAAAACUCCUGACCGUUUUCAAGACAAAGGGUGGGACUGCAGGCACAAAAAUAAAAAGCGUGUUGGAGUCUCUCAGUCAGAAGCAGAUUGAUAGCCAUGAUGCGGUCAUCCGUUGUCUGAUCCCUUUCCUGGGAGAAUCGACAGAGGAACUCAUUAAAGACUACCAGCAGGAUGUGUCCAAGGAUGUCAUCGAACAAGACCUCAAAGACAAUGUGAUCAAGAUCCUUGUGCUGGGCAGUGCUGCAGAGGGUGCCCCCCCAACUGAUGUCAUCAUUGUGAUUGAUGGUACAGAGGUAUUAGGUGGUUGUAAAACACUUGCCAACGCUUGCAUGCUGCUCAUGGGCUUUGUGUACUCACUGAAUCUCAGUUAUCCUCCAAAAUUGAAAUACACAUUUGAAGUGUUUCAAAAGUUGCUUUUGGAGUUAGAUGAUUUGAAGGUCUCCCCUAAAGUGGAUUCUCUGAGGAGGAAACUGCUACAUUAA